GCCUUUGGACGGAAGUGACGCUUGCGCGGCCGCGGCGGAGUCGUCAUAGAGGCGGGGCUGCGGCGGCUGCGGUGUUCCUCCGACUUCCGGACAUCUCCCUGAGAGUCGUGCAGAGUGGAGUCAGAGGCCACCAGUGCUCGCUGCGGUCUCUGGGGAUCGGGACCGCGGCGGCGGCCCCGCGGGCGGGAUGUUCCGGGGCUUGAGCAGUUGGUUGGGCUUGCAGCAGCCGGCGGCAGGCGGUGGGCAGCCCAAUGGAGAUGCUGCAUCCGAGCAGCCGUCCGAGACGGUGGCUGAGUCCGCGGAGGAGGAGCUGCAGCAAGCGGGAGACCAGGAGCUCCUCCACCAGGCCAAAGACUUCGGCAACUAUUUAUUUAACUUUGCAUCUGCUGCCACAAAAAAGAUAACUGAAUCAGUUGCUGAAACAGCACAAACAAUAAAGAAAUCCGUAGAAGAAGGAAAAAUAGAUGGCAUCAUUGACAAGACAAUUAUAGGAGAUUUUCACAAGGAACAGAAAAAAUUUGUUGAAGAGCAACAUACAAAGAAGUCAGAAGCAGCUGUGCCCCCAUGGGUUGACACUAACGAUGAAGAAACAAUUCAACAACAAAUUUUGGCCUUAUCAGCUGACAAGAGGAAUUUCCUUCGUGACCCUCCGGCCGGCGUGCAAUUUAAUUUCGACUUUGAUCAGAUGUACCCCGUGGCCCUGGUCAUGCUCCAGGAGGAUGAACUGCUAAGCAAGAUGAGAUUUGCCCUCGUUCCUAAACUUGUGAAGGAAGAAGUGUUCUGGAGGAACUACUUUUACCGCGUCUCCCUGAUUAAGCAGUCAGCCCAGCUCACGGCCCUGGCUGCCCAACAGCAGGCCGCAGGGAAGGAGGAGAAGAGCAAUGGCAGAGAGCAAGAUUUGCCGCUGGCAGAGGCAGUACGGCCCAAAACGCCACCCGUUGUAAUCAAAUCUCAGCUUAAAACUCAAGAGGAUGAGGAAGAAAUUUCUACUAGCCCAGGUGUUUCUGAGUUUGUCAGUGAUGCCUUCGAUGCAUGUAACCUAAAUCAGGAAGAUCUAAGGAAAGAAAUGGAGCAACUAGUGCUUGACAAAAAGCAAGAGGAGACAGCCGUACUGGAAGAGGAUUCUGCAGAUUGGGAAAAAGAACUGCAGCAGGAACUUCAAGAAUAUGAAGUGGUGACAGAAUCUGAAAAACGAGAUGAAAACUGGGAUAAGGAAAUAGAGAAAAUGCUUCAAGAGGAAAAUUAGCUGUUCCUGAAAUAGAAGAAUAAUCCUUAACAGUCUGCAAACUGACAUUAAAUUCUAGAUGUUGACACUUAACUUACUGAAUCAGAAGGCAUGAAAGAGUAUAAUUUUAUGAAAUUCAAAAUUAUUCUUUUUUCAAGUUGAAACUUGCCUCUUCUACUUUAAAAAAGUAUAUAGGACAGUUACUUCUAAUAAUCAGAAAGAGAUGUUUUGUAGAACAUUUCUUUAAUAUAAAGUUAGAGAUGUCUUCGUAGGCAGUAUGGCUAUCUUUGCCACAGAAACAUAAGUAAAAUUUUAGAGUUCUGUUUUCCAUGAGGUCAAAAAUAUAAUUUAUUCCUCAGUCAUGGUUUUGUAAAUAUCUGUACUCCACAUUCCAUUUUAAUUGAUAUGAGGGUGUUAAAGUACCUACUUAAUGGGUUGAUUACUAUCAAAAUGACCAAAUUAUACCAAAGAACUUAAGAGGAAGCAUUUUCAGAACUAUUCACUUGCUAGGUAUUUUCUAAAAUUCCACCUGAAAGCCAAAAGAUAAAAUAAAUAAGUUGAUUUUAAUGAUAUAAGCAUCACACAAUUUUACAUUAAGAAAUACUGCGCAGGCCAUGCGUGGUGGCUCAUGCCUGUAAUCCCAGCACUUUGGGAGGCCGAGGUGGGCAAAUCACCGGAGAUCAGGAGUUCGAGACCAGCCUUGCCAACAUAGUGAAACCCUGUCUCUACUAAAAAUACAAAAAUUAUCCGGGCAUGGUGGCGGGCACCUGUAAUCCCAGCUACUAGGGAGGCUGAGGCAGGAGAAUCUCUUGAACCCAGGAGGCAGAGGUUGCAGUGAGCUGAGAUCGCGCCACUGCACUCCAGCCUGGGCGAUAGAGUGAGAUUCAGUCUCAAAAAAAAUUAAAAAAAAAAGCUGCGUGAAAAUACUUGUUUUUCUCUGGGGCCUUUUCUUUCUUUUCUUUUUAAACUAUACCAGAAAUUUUACAUCACAGUUUUUAUACAAAGUAGGACCUUCCGUACUUUUUGUAUUAUAAUAACCUUCAGAAGCCCAUUCCCCUUAAAGUCUGUUGUUCUUGUUUUAAUCAUCACCACAUAUAAAUGUUUUAGCUUUGUCUUAAACUGUGAGUCUUCAUAAAAUUGUGUUCCUCCGAGUUCACCUUCUAGGACUUUAUUGAUUAAUCCUUCUCUUUCUGCUAUACCAGCAGACACAUGUUCAUAGAAUAUGAUUAUUUUUAAAGAACAGGGUGAGGAGGCUGAGGCAGGAGAAUCGCUUGAACCUGGGAGGUGGAGGUUGCAGUGCGCUGAGAUCACGCCACUGCACUCCAGCCUGGGUGACAGAGUGAGAGAUUCCAUCUCAAAAAUGAAUGAAUGAACGAACGAACAAGGUGGUUUAAUGUCAGAAAACCUCCUAAGCAUUUGCUCCCCAAACCUUUCAUGUUUUUCAAGAAGCCUUUAUUACAUAAAGGGGAAUAGAAUUAAAAUGUUUCUUUAUAAGAAAAAUAUACAUAUUUGUGUUCUUGGCCCCAUUAAAACUAGUCAGUAGUCCUUUGGCAAAGAUAUAGUCAAUAAGAGAACUGGGUAUGGGUCCAGGCAUUACUCCUGUUCAUAGUUGCGGAUGCAUGUGUCUGAAUGAGCCAGACUGUCUCAACUGGAGUCUCUUGGGUUAUAGCAGUAAACCGUGUAUUCCAUGAAACCACUGGGCCCAUCAUCAAAAGGUUUCCACUUGUGGUGCCACAGUUGCUUAUUACUGAGUUUGGGUUCCAAGAUGACUGGCAACUUCUGAAAUAAUCUCAUUGAAGGAAAGAGUUUCAUUUUUUUUUUUUUAAGAGUUUGCUGGAGGAAAAGAAACAUGUUAAAUGUUUUUAAGCAGCUAAAAGUCCUAGAUGGAAGCAUAUCAGGAUGUGUCAGUGCUUGGCUCUUAGUGAAUGCACUAACAUUCUUAUUGAUAAAUGUUGAAUAAACACACAUAAAAAAGUAUCAGAGAAAGAGAAAAACCCUACAAUGACAAUAGAGGUGUGUGACAAUUAUUGCUAUCAAUUUUACAUAAUAUCUCAUUUAAAAACAACCUAAUUAUGCAUUGCCCUGUGAAAAUAAAAGGAUAAAAUAAGAUUUUGUACAUACUGUAAGAAUACAGUUGUGCUGUAUUUUUAUGGAUUCAUCAAGGAGUAAAAUGUUCUGCUUUAGUAAAUUAUAGGUAACUGAAGUGUUAUUCCUUUAAAGAGCAAAAUAAUGUAUCACCAUGUUCGGUGGAAAAUUUCUAAGUAUUUAUUACAUGCCUAGGGGUUAGCCAACAAGAUAUACCAAGCAUGAAAACCUGUAAAACUUAAUAAAAUGCUAAAAUAUGAACAUCA